UGGAAUCUGCGAGCGAGUGAGUUUGCCCACGUUCUUUCUGCCAUCAAUGGCAAGUUGUUCCUUCUCGGCUCCAUCUUAUAAACCACUCGCGAUCUCCAUCCCGCUUUUUCACAAUUAUUAGGUGCGUCUGUUAUUGCAUCCGUUAUAUUGAAUUGAGAUGCCAAUAAACCUGGCCGCCUGUGCCAUAUUACACUAUUAAUAGACAAUACCGGCAAAUAUUAACAAGCCAUCGUGAAUCCCUCCCCUCCUCGUUGCUAUCAUGUCUGUGUGCGCUUUACGUAGCCGUCUCCGAACGGCCUGGGUGGCCGCGCGAUGCCUCACGAUGAAUCUGCAACCGGGACGCGCUCGCUUCUCCUCUUUUCUUUCCUCGAGGGUUCUGCAAAGCUUCCCGUGUGAAUGCGUAUAUUCACACACACCCACACACGUGCAUAAUAUAUAUAUGUACACCCAUCUGCAGAGAGACAACUCUCCCCUAAACCCGUCCCUCGAGCCUCCGAUGGUGCUGCCUCUGCAAUUCGGUCUUGUCCACCCGACAUACCGCUCUGGUUCCCACGAUACGCAUGCAUACGGCUACCUUAGGCAGCUAUUCGUCAUUCCAUUGCGCUUGUCUGUCGUCGACUUCACCGAUUGUCGGCCGUGACCGCUAGGAAGUGCCAUGAAAGCGGUGAGCGGGCGAAGGCAUCAUGGCAGAACGCCAUUGUUGCGUCCAGGUGGGUUGUCC